UCCUGACUGGUAUGUUCUCGUACCAAUUCUUCCGGCACUUCAAGAAGCUGAGCCUUAGGGAACAGAAACGAUCUUAUCGGUCCGUUUCUUCCCCCUUAACCCUUCCCUCCCCACCACUCCCUUAUCCUUCUUCGACAAUUCUCAAAAUCUACGGCUGCUACACCUUGCCCGUCACUCCCCAGCCUGACAUGUACCGCCAGGCCAGGAUGGGCUUCUUUCUACGCAGGUGUACCCAGCACCAGGGAUAGGUAACAGCGCCCAGCGCAUUGGAAACCGCGCAUGCGUAGGCAGAGGCGCCCACUGAGGGUUGAGACUUUAUGAACCCACUGCGCAUGUGUAAGAAGAGGCUACGAACAAUCAGACAGUUCAGACGUUGGAAUGGAAGGCAAGUGCUGCAGUCAGGCUGGACCAUGGAUUACAUCAACAGCUUCCACAGGUCUUCUGGGGACCAUGUUUGUGGCUUUAAGUUCAAGUCGUAUUUUGUUGAUGAAAUUCUCAGCCAAUGAAGAGAAUAAAUAUGAUUAUCUUCCUACAACUGUCAACAUGUGUUCAGAACUUGUGAAGCUGAUCUUUUGUGUGGCUGUGGCAAUCUGGGUUGUGAAGAAAGAGGACUAUCAUUGUAAAGAUUUUGGAUGUGCCUCUUGGAGAGAACUCUGCCAUUAUAUGAAGUGGUCCAUUCCUGCCUUCCUUUACUUUCUGGAUAACCUGAUUGUCUUCUAUGUCCUGUCCUAUCUUCAGCCUGCCAUGGCUGUGCUCUUCUCAAAUUUUAGCAUUAUAACAACAGCUCUUCUAUUCAGGAUAGUGCUAAAGCGACAUCUCACCUGGAUACAAUGGGCUUCUCUGCUGAUUCUCUUUUUGUCAAUUGUGGCCUUGACUAUAGGGACUGAAAAUACACACUUGACAAGACAUAGAUUUCAUCACGAUGCCUUUUUCAGCUCAUCCAACUCUUGCCUCCUCCUCACAAGGCCGCUGAGUGAGUGCCAUGGAAAAGACAAUUGCACAGCAAAGCCAUGGACUCUUCCUGAAGUCAAAUGGAAUACUACUGCCAGGACUUUCAAUCGUAUCCGCCUGGGCCUGGGUCACGGGCUUGUGAUAGUUCAGUGUUUUAUUUCCUCGAUGGCCAACAUCUAUAAUGAAAAGAUAUUCAAGGAAGGGGACCAGCUCACUGAAAAUAUCUUCAUACAAAAUAGCAAACUCUAUGCCUUUGGAGUGUUUUUCAAUGGACUGACCCUAAGCCUUCAGAUCACUAACCAUGGCCAGAUGGAAAAUUGUGGGAUUUUUUAUGGCCACAAUGCAUUUUCAGUAGCACUUAUUUUUGUCACUGCUUUCCAGGGUCUCUCAGUAGCCUUUAUUUUGAAAUUCCUGGAUAAUAUGUUCCAUGUUCUGAUGGCUCAAGUCACAACAGUUAUAAUUACUACAAUAUCUGUCCUGGUCUUUGACUUCAAACCAGCUUUGGAAUUCUUUUUGGAAGCCCCAACAGUCCUUCUUUCUAUAUUUAUUUAUAACUCUAGUAAAUCUAGAAGCCUGGUAUAUGCUCCUAUGCAAGAGAGGACCAAAGAUCUAAGUGGCAAUCUCUGGGAAAGGUCAAGUGGGGAUGGAGAAGAACUGGAACUUCUGACUAAACCCAGCAGUGACAAUGAAUCAGAAGAUGAUGCUUUCUAGUUGACACCCAAACAAGUGGCAGUACUCAAGAAUCAGCUGUUAGUUUUGGAUAUUUUCCUUUUCACUUAUUGCUUUGAUACAGAAUACCACUGCAAGACCAGAGGCUCCAAGAAAUAACUAUGGGAUUGGGGCACAGUAGCACUAGCCCUACACUUUAUAAUACAGCGUGAAAUAUUUACAGGGUAUCCUCAACGUGCCAAAAAAAUGCAGUAUACACUUUAGCUAACCCUCUAAACUUGUGGGAAAAACUCACGGGGUCCAUCAAGGACUUGUAAUUUCAUCAGUGUGGCAACUCCUUCUAAUGAAUAUAAAUUACAACCUGUCCCUAGUUUGUAGUUUCAGAAUUUCCUAAGGUUUGGAGAAGUUAAGAUUCGCCUUGCCAAAAAUGAAUGUCAUGGCCCUCCUGCCCCUGAGGGAAAGAGAAGUCUUUUACUUUUCUCUCUAAAGACAUCAAUAUUACCUGAGUAACUCCCUUACAUUUUGAAGGUGCAGCUAUCUCUUCAUUUUUCACUUAAGGGAUAUGGAGACCCUUAAUCAAAUUUUUGCUUUAAAGGAUCCAAACUUCUGACGACUCAGCAGAAUGUGGGAUUCAUAUAUUAUCUUUUCUUUUGCCAAAGAAUUAAUUUCUUUUUUCUAAAACCGAAUGUCCAAAUUUGAAUUUUAUGGGAUUCAUGAGCAAUAAGAUUUUAGUGAUUCUUGUAUAAACUUCUUAAGUGAACAACAAUUUAAAUGAAAGUGGAAUUUAACAAGCUGGAGCAUAUUUCUCCAUUAAAAAAGCUCAAAAAAAAUCUCAAGUUCAUUAUUUUUGAAUACAAUUAAAUUUCAAUGAAUAAUA